AUGACUUCCUCGGCGGAUGUCAAGUUCACGACACAGAUCAUGCCUCUACGGCAAUCAGAUAUCACAUUUAACCUCUCUGCCGCACCACUGCAUCCCUACGACUCACCAACCCUCACGAUCCGGCCAUCAGAGACGAAGGACGCGUUAGAUCAGGCGUCGCAUUACCUCAACGAAACCACACAACCCGUCGCGUUUCCGACAGAGACGGUGUAUGGACUCGGCGCAGACGCCCGGAAAACGGAGUCGGUGCGGAGUAUUUAUGCUGCGAAAAAGCGUCCGGCGGACAACCCACUCAUCGUCCACAUCGGCUCCCUAACCCAACUCCGACACCUCCUCCGCACAUCGCCCACCCAAAACGACAAAGAUCUCAUCCCAGCAAUCUACCACCCCCUCAUCAACAAAUUCUGGCCAGGGGCCUUGACGAUCGUAUUACCCCUCCCCAAACCAAGUCCAAUCUCGACACUCGUCACAGCGGGACAGUCAACAUUCGCGGUCCGCCUCCCCUCCCAUCCACUAGCUCUCGCCCUCCUCCUACACUCCGACUGCCCCCUCGCCGCACCCUCCGCAAACGCCUCAACCCGCCCCUCACCAACCCUCGCCUCCCACGUCCACACCGACCUCGGAUCCCGCAUCCCCUUCAUCCUAGACGGUGGCGCCUCGAAUGUUGGUGUCGAGUCGACUGUGGUGAAUGGGCUUGUGAGUCCACCUGUUGUGCUCAGACCUGGCGGUGUUUCGGUUGAGGAGAUUAAGACUGUGGGAGGGGUGUGGGGGGAUGUGGUUGUGCAUCGGCCUGGGAGGAAGGAUUUGGAGGGUGUACCGCAGGCGCCGGGGAUGAAGUAUCGGCAUUAUUCGCCGAGUGCGCGGGUUGUGUUGUUUGAGAAUGUCCCUGUAACCGAUAUCGUGCGCAUCCUCGACACUCCCGCGAAAGAGAACGUGAAAAAUAAAAAGGUUGGGGUUAUGCGGACACGAACAUGGUCUGCCCCGGGCGCAGAGACGGCGUUGAGAGAACUCGGGGCAAGCGAGGUGCUGGAUAGGAGUUUGGGCACGGAUGGGGAGGAUAUUUCGAGGGGGUUGUUUGCGGUGUUGAGGGAGUUGGAUGGGGAGGGGUGUGAUAUGAUUUUUGUUGAGGGGGUUGGGGAGGAAGAUGAGGGUCUUGCUAUUAUGAAUAGAUUGCGGAAGGCGGCGAGUGAGACGGUUGUUCAGGCAUAG